AUGAAGCAAGCUAAAAUAAAGGGAAACAUUAAGAAAAAUUCAAAGAAAGUCAAAAAGAUUCAUAAAUAAAAAAGCAAUACUAAUAAUAUCAAUUAAAGAGAAUUACUAAAGCUGAAUAUAAAUGAGGCUGAAGAAAUAAGUGAAUUUGACGAUGGAUCUUUUUCAGUUGGACUUCAUGAAUCAUGUGACUACAGUUAAAUUAAUGAUUAUGGUAAUUUUGAUAAAAUAAAUAAAUAAGGUGUGGAAGUACAAGAGCAUGAUGAUUAUGAAGGUGCUAUUUUAUAUUUCAAUAAAGCAAUAGAAUUAGCUCCAGAAAAAGAUUAAGCAUAUUAUUAUAAAAGUAAAUCACAUAAAUAAUAAUAUAGGUGUUUCAUUACAUAAAUUAAAUCGUUUAGAUAAAGCGUUAAAAUAUAUAAAAAAAGCAUUAGAAAUAGAUCCUACUAAUGAAGAUUCUUUAAAGUUAUAGAGUAUUAAAAUUAAGAAUUUAUUAGAUAAAAUCAUAAAAAAAUUGAAUCAUUAAGGAUAAUAAAUUUAAUAGCAAGAUAAAAUAUAGAAAUCAAAUAAAAAAUAAUAAAAGAAACCUUUAAGAAAAGGAAUUGCUUUAUUGAAAGAUGACAAUCCAAAAGAAUCAAUCUUGUUAUUUAAUUAGGUGAAUAAAUUAAAUCAAAAAAAUGAAGAAGCUUAUGAAAAUAAAAGUAUAAACAUAUUAUUAUAACUUAGUUAAUGCAUUAUAAAAUUUAAAAGAAUAUGAAAAGAGCAUUAAAUUUAUUAAUAAGGCAAUAUAAUUAAAUCCAAAUUACAGUUAAUUUUACUAUUUAAAAGGUAUUGAUAGAUAAAAUUAUAGGUUGUGCACUAAAUGAAAUGAGAAUAAUAAAUGAGGCUUAAGAUUAAUUUAUAUAAGCUAUAAAGCUUAAUCCAAAUAAUGAAUGUGCUCUUGUUAAUUUAGGUAUUAGCCAAAUUAAAGAUAGCUAAUUCCUUAAGAGAACAACAAAAAUAUAAAGAUUCAAUUCCAUAUUAUGAUUAAGCUAUCAACCUCAAUCCAAAUAACAGUGAAUAUUUUUUAAAUAAAGGUUAGUUAAUUUAUAAUAAAUUUAGGUUUGAGCUUAUAAAACAGUUAUUAAUAUGAAAAAGCAAUUAUAUGUUAUGAUUAAAUCUAUAAUCUUGAUAGAGAUAAAAAAACUGAAGAAUUAUUACUCUUAAAUAAAGGUUACUCUAAAAUUGAAAUUUUAGGAAAAUCUUUAGGUGCAAUAAACCGUUAUGAAUAACAACUAGCAUGUUAUGAUAAUUUGAUUAAGUUAAAUCCUAAAUAUGCAUAAGCAUAUUAUUUAAAAGGUAUGUAAGAUUAUUUAAAUAAUAGGUCUCACCUUAUGGCAUUUAAAUGGAUAUAGAUAGUCAUUAAAGUUCUUUAAAAAGACUCUAAAAAUAAAUCCUAACCAUGCAGCUGCUUAUAGAUGUCUAAGUAAUUUUAAAUAUUAAAAGAUAGAUGAUGUCUUAUAACAUUUAGAUCUAUUUUCAAAAUCAAAAAAUAAAUCUAAAAAAAAGAGUUCCUUAUAAUAUAAGAAAAGAAAAUGA